UCAUGCACGUGUCCUUUCUCUCCAUCCCACGCCCCCGCGCCCUUAAUCUAGCCAUUUAUAUUCUUCUUCCUUCUCUGUCUUUAGAUUGUAGAUCCUAUAAUCAAAAUAUUUCGAUUCAUUAGGGCUCUAAAACGCUGUUGUUUUCAAUUUCCUAUUUCAUUUCUGAAUGGAAACGGAUUCAAUUAGCUCAAGUUUCAGCUAUUUGGGGCGAAAAUUCAGCAAUUUGAACAUCAAUGAUGAUUCCGCCGCCUUCAGUGACUGCAACAGUGAUAGAUCCGGCGAGUUUCCGACGGCUUCGUCUCAGAGCCGCCUUCUGUUACUCGCCUGCGCUUCUGAUAAUUCCGAGGAGUUGAUUUCACAACUAGUUUCUGACCUCCAGUCCGAUGACAUAGAUGAUCAAAAACAAGCCGCCAUGGGUCUCAGGUUGCUCGCGAAGAACAAACCGGAGAAUCGGAUUAAAAUCGCCAGAGCCGGUGCCAUUAAACCGCUUGUAUCGAUAAUUUCGUCAAAUGAUGCUCAAUUACAGGAAUAUGGAGUCACAGCCAUUCUUAAUUUAUCACUCUGUGACGAAAAUAAGGAUUUGAUUGCGUCUUCUGGGGCUAUUAGACCCUUAGUCCGCGCGUUGAAAUUGGGAACUUCAACGGCUCGAGAAAACGCGGCUUGUGCUCUACUUCGGCUCUCGCAGAUAGAAGAGAAUAAAAUCGCCAUAGGCCGGUCAGGGGCGAUUCCGUCACUUGUGAAUUUGCUAGGGAGCGGCAAUUUCCGAGGUAAAAAGGAUGCUUGCACUGCUUUGUAUUCUCUAUGUUCUGUAAAGGAGAACAAAAUAAGGGCAGUUCAGGCUGGGAUUAUGAAGCCUCUAGUGGAAUUAAUGGCGGAUUUUGAGUCGAACAUGGUGGAUAAAUCGGCGUUCGUGUUGAACCUAUUGGUGUCAACGCCGGAAGCCAGGGCGGCGGUGGUGGAGGAAGGUGGAAUUCCUGUACUGGUUGAAAUAGUGGAGGUGGGAACCCAACGGCAGAAGGAGGUUGCGGUGGGCAUAUUAUUGCAAUUAUGUGAAGACAAGACCUACAGAACUAUGGUGGCGCGUGAAGGAGCGAUUCCGCCAUUGGUUGCUUUGUCGCAGACGGGUACCAGUCGCGCAAAACAGAAGUCGGAAGCACUGAUUGAGGUUUUACGGCAGCCAAGAUCCGGCGACGCCGCUCCAUCCGCAAGAACAUCAGUAUGAUGUGUCAGUUUGAUAUGUUUCCACAUGGGCCCCAUGCAAUCUUUAUCAGCCAAACCGUAAUGGAAGGCAGAGAAAAAUUCGGAGGACAGAGACAAAGAAAAAGAAAAAGAAAAAGAUAGUCAACUUGUAAAUAUCUUGUGUUGUAAGAAAGGGUGCUAAAUUUGUCCAAACUUUUGGGUUUUGAUCUUUGAUAUUCCUUUUUUUUUAUUUUUGUGGGUCUUUAUCCGUCUAGAGAUGAUAUUCAAAAAUAAUUACACAAAUGAAUAUUUUAGUGUCGAGAAUUUUGUGUGUUUUGACUCUUUUGAGCAUGAUAGGUUCCAUUAUGCAUUUUUUUCGUUCCUUGAAUAUAUAAUAUUGGGAUAGCAA